AUGGAGCCACGUCCUUUGCACAUAGCAAUGUAUCCAUGGUUAGCCAUGGGUCACCAAACCGCAUUCCUCCACCUAUGUAACAAGUUAGCCGUAAGGGGUCACAGAAUCUCUUUCAUUACUCCCCCAAAAGCACAAGCCAAGUUGGAAUCAUUCAACUUGCACCCUGAGUUCAUCAUAUUUAUUACCAUCAAAGUUCCUCACGUUGAAGGGCUUCCCGCUGAUGCGCAAACCACUGCAGAUGUCCCUUACCCUUUGCAACCAAGCAUCAUGACAGCCAUGGAUCUCACCAAACAUGACAUUGAAACCCUUCUUACUGACCUCAAACCUGACCUUGUCUUCUAUGACUUCACACAUUGGAUGCCAAGCUUGACAAAGAAGUUAGGCAUCAAGGCUGUGCACUAUUGCACUGCUAGCUCUGUGAUGGUUGGUUACACUCUCACACCAGCCAGAUAUCACCAAGGGACUGACCUAUCAGAAAGUGACCUCAUGGAACCCCCUGAAGGGUACCCUGACUCAUCCAUCAAGCUUCAUGCUCACGAGGCUCGUGCAUUUGCUGCGAAAAGAAAGGAGCAAUAUGGGAGCGGUGUUCUCUUCUACGAUCGCCAAUUCAUUGCACUGAAUGAAGCUGAUGCCUUGGCAUACAGAACAUGCAGAGAAAUUGAAGGGCCGUAUCUUGAAUUCAUUGGAAACCAGUUUAACAAGCCUGUGCUUGCAAGUGGUCCAGUUAUUCUAGAGCCACCAACCACUGAAUUGGAGGAGAAAUUCUCCACAUGGCUUGGAGGGUUUGAACCAGGCUCUGUGGUUUAUUGUUGUUUUGGGAGUGAAUGCACUUUGAGGCCAGAUCAGUUCCAAGAGUUGAUGCUUGGCCUUGAGCUCACUGGCAUGCCAUUCUUGGCAGCAGUGAAGCCUCCGGUAGGGUUUGAGACAGUGGAAUCAGCAAUGCCUGAAGGGUUUGAAGAGAAGAUUCAAGGUAGAGGGUUUGUGUAUGGAGGGUGGGUUCUGCAGCAGUUGAUUCUGGCACACCCUUCUGUAGGUUGCUUCAUCACACAUUGUGGGUCAGGAUCUUUGUCUGAGGCACUGGUGAACAAGUGUCAGUUGGUGCUACUGCCUAACGUUGGUGACCAGAUCCUGAAUGCAAGGAUGAUGGCGAACAACUUGGAGGUUGGUGUGGAAGUGGAGAAAGGUGAGGAUGGAAAGUACACAAAGGAGAGUGUGUGCACAGCUGUGAGCAUUGUAAUGGAUCAGGAGAAUGAAACUAGCAAAAAGGUGAGGGAUAAUCAUGCUAGGCUCAGAGAGACACUGCUUGACAAAGAUUUGGAGUCCUCUUAUGUUGACAACUUCUGCAUGAGGCUCCAAGAGAUUGUUGAUAAAGGAGUUUGA